CGCUGACGGUAAUCUGAAAGCACUGAAAUGUGAAACUUAUACAAAUAGGUAACGUUUUAUCGAAGGAGGAUCCUGCAUGGGCGACACAUAGGAUUUAAGAUGGCGUCAUUGGAAGAUUGUGCAAAAUGGUUUGAACGAAAAGAAAAUACUAACUGGCUAAAAGUCUCGGUUGGAUUGAUCAUAACCAAACGUGGACUUGCACCAUUAGUAGAAAAUACCGUGGAAACGUGGAAGAACGGCCAAGUCCCGCAAGGAAGCAACUGUUCUGCGUGUUCUACUGCAGAAAUUGUACCAUGUGACCCACAAAACAAAAUUUGUAAUCAUGGAAUCUGCAAAUUGCACCAAUCUGUUACAUAUCGUCCGUGCCCGAACAAGGUUUGCGAUGAACUGAGACAGUCAAUUAUAAAUCAGCAUAGAUUUAAGGGUCCAUCAUGGCGAAAUACAAACGCCUGCGAUUGGUGCUCAAAUGCAUGGGAAGUAGCUAAAGCAUUUAUGCCACCAGAAGGAUAUGAACCGAUCAGCUCAUCUGAUGAAACAGAUUUGGACGGCUUUGUCAGUGUUCUUAUCAACUGUCUCCUUUUUGAGAAAUAUAUCCCCGACCUAGCAAACACGGUCAACGUUGCAACCAAGGUUCGCGAAAUUGGACGGAAAGUACGCCACGCAUCAAAACUUGAGGUCACCGACGAUGAGCUUAAGCAAUGGUUUGGAGACAUGCGAGCGUUGUUUAAUAUACCACAGCACAUUGCAGCGAAUUCUUCUGCACAGUGUACGCUAGAUGUAUUGAACAAGUUGGAGCUUGACCAGUUGCAUAUCGAGAGGACGGACGUGCUCGAUGCCAUAAUAGAUGUAGUAACUUCAUUGAAACGCCUCAACUCUUCCAUGGACUCUGAAGCACUGACUGACAACAUCAGCAAGCUACAAGAAAUGUAG